AACCCACGAACACCUUGCGUUGCGACCCGACACGACUCGAACAACCGAUCCUCCUCACGAGGCCUUGCGUGCGAGGCGACCCGAUUCGUUUCCCGUGAAGACAGAGAAGCAUCGGCGGAGCAAGCCAGGGGAGGGAGAUGGACGCCUUCUACUCGUCCUCGUCGGCGGCGUACGGCGCGGCGCCGGGCGGCGGAUGGGGCUACGACUCGCUCAAGAACUUCCGCCAGAUCACCCCCGCCGUCCAGACCCACCUCAAGCUCGUUUACCUCACCCUAUGCGUGGCGCUGGCCUCGUCGGCGGUGGGCGCUUACCUGCACGUCGUCUGGAACAUUGGCGGGAUGCUGACCAUGCUCGGCUGCGUUGGCAGCAUCGCCUGGCUCUUCUCGGUGCCCGUCUAUGAGGAGAGGAAGAGGUAUGGACUGCUGAUGGCGGCUGCCCUCCUGGAAGGGGCGUCAGUUGGACCUCUGAUCAAGCUCGCUGUAGACUUUGACCCAAGCAUCCUGGUGACAGCAUUUGUUGGGACUGCCAUUGCCUUCGCAUGCUUCUCUUGCGCUGCCAUCGUGGCCAAGCGCAGGGAGUACCUCUACCUUGGUGGGCUGCUCUCUUCUGGCCUCUCCAUCCUGCUCUGGCUGCAGUUCGCCGCCUCCAUCUUUGGCCACUCCACUAGCAGCUUCAUGUUUGAGGUCUACUUUGGGUUGCUGAUCUUCCUGGGGUACAUGGUGUACGACACACAGGAGAUCAUCGAGAGGGCGCACCGUGGUGACAUGGACUACAUCAAGCACGCCCUCACCCUCUUCACCGACUUCGUGGCUGUCCUUGUCCGCAUCCUCGUCAUCAUGCUCAAGAACGCAGCUGACAAGUCGGAGGACAAGAAGAGGAAGAAUAGGAGGUCGUGAGCACUAGCUAAGCUGUCCCACCCGCCCUGUGCACAUAGAAGCCACCGCUACUUACUACUUGUACUACUACUACUGCUACUGCUACUACAAGUGCGUUGAGGAUGGGAACGAAGCUGCCAUACAAGUGGGUGCUGUGGUGGAAACGAAUUGUUCUUUGGUUUCUCUUAGUUUGUUAGUUCUUUUGUGAAUCUCGUGUGGAGUCUGCUGGAGCUUUGCAUAUACCUUGCGCGCUACAAACAACUCGGAUCUGUCUGCCUGUGUUUACUGAAUGUUGGUUGGCAUUGGUCUGAGCCUGAUAACAAGCUGUGAAGAAAUCGCAAUGAAUUGCUGAAUUCCCCGAUC